GAAAUUCCCGUUUCGUUCGUCACCAAACAAUCAUGGCGGACUAUCGAGAGGCGCCCUUGGCCGGUCGGCCAAAAACACUGGAUCCAAAUGAGUAUUUCAACCUUUCUCCAGAGCGGCGGCGCGCAGAGGAGGCCCGGGCAGCACUGCGGGCCAACCUGAAGAGACAUUACCAGCUGCAGCUGAACAACCCGCACAGAAAUGAGCUCAUUGAAGACCCUGCCCUGACAAGAUGGGUGUAUGCACGAGCCAACCCCUACCCUCACUUCAGAGCCACAAAGAAGACCUCUCUGCUUGGUGCAAUGUUUGGAGUGGUGCCUCUGUUUGCCCUCUAUUACAUCUUCAAGACAAACAGGGAUAACAAGGAGGAGAAGAUUAAGGCCGGAACCCUCGAGCGCAAGUUCAGUUUAUCAUCAUGAGGUCCGAUGUAGAAAGUUCCCAGCACAAUGUCCCAGAAAUGUUGUUGUGUGUAAUUAUACUUAACAGAAUAAAACCAUAUUAUCAAAUUAA